UCAUUUUUUGUGUAACCGUGGCGCCAAAGCUAAAUUCCCCAAAGAAGAAGAAGAAGAAGAAGAAGGAGAAGAAGAAGAAGAACAACAACAACAACAACAACAACAACACAAUAGGUCUCCGGAAUCAUUUGAGCUGCGGGCGGGCUGACAUGGAUACGGAGGACAACGUCCGCUUGACUCUCCGCAACUUACUCAACUCCGUCGAGUGCAUUUCGGCUCGAGUCCGAGACGGAGAAGCCAACGAGCCGGACGGAGACUUCAACCUCUCCAACUUUUGGGACACUUUGAACCAGGCGGCCAAAGCAGUAUCUCAGGAAGCCACCAAACUCUGCCUGGCCUUCUCCAAGCCUCCGCUGCCGUCACAGCAAGAUGCAGAGCAGCUGUCCGACUCUGUCCUCAAGAGUGUCCUCAGCCUCUCCACUGUUUAUUACUGGCUUCCCAAUAGCAGAGGCGUCGCUCUGCGUCAGCAAGUCCGAGACGCCGUCGUGCAGGCCCUGGAGGGCCUGACGCAGCUUCUGGAGGUCAUACUGACUUCACCGCUACAGAGUCUGACUCAGGCGCAGUUGACGUCUACGGGAGGGGUGUGGUCAGCGUGUGACCGCUUCACCCGCCUACCACAAGACAAUAAGGCUGCAGCGGUGCUGGUCCUGAGCGGUCAGAGCGGCAUCGUCAAAGACGCCAUCGAGGAGUUGGAGCAGGCGCUGUUGGAGGCCCCGUCGGGCGACGCCCCCGAUCAGCAGGAGGAUGGCGAGGAGCCGCACGCUAACCAGGACGCGUACUGGUCGGUGCGGGACCGCUGCGUGGUGGCCGCCUGCCAGGGGAUGAUGAAGGUCGCCGCCGCCUGCCUGAGGAAAACCACGGCGGCCGUCAGGACCCGCGGGGACGCCGAUGCGCCGCAGAGGGUGGAGCAGUUGGAUCGCCUGCUCGACGCCGUCAAGGAAAUCAGCCCAGGAGUUGAUGACCUGGCUUUGUGUCUCUACCCACCGGUGGAUAACAACGAUGCGGACAAUCAUGUGACUCAACUGGCGGCGCUCUUGACAAAAGUUCUCACCAUCAUUAGGUCCAGUCACAUCUGUGGUGAAGCAGAGCUGACCUGGCUAGAGUUCUUGGACCAGGCCGUGGACCACAACCUGCAAAAAGCCAAAAAUCUCCUUUGGCUGGACAGCUAGUGUGCGCAUGUGUAUGUGUGUGCCUGGGAGUUAUGCUUGUGUAUUAUUUUCGGGUUUGUGUGUGUGUUUUCGUGUGCUUGCGCGCGCCCCAUUUCAACUCUGGAUGGACAACAGAGUGGAAGAGAUCGAUUGUUAUCAGCUGCUACACAGCCCUUGAGAUUCUCAGGUCUCCUGAAAUUUGUCAGCUAAAUAAAUUGAUGUUGGAAACUUCACAAAA